CCUUGUUAUGUGAGCUUUGAACUUUAAAUAUCUGCAGUUUUUCUUCUUAAAUUGUGGCGAUAAGUCUCAUCUCCGGUUCUUUUGGGCUUAAGCUUUAAUAGUUUUUGUUGACAUGUUGUACUUUGGGAAAUGUUGCAUGUUUCACUCAGCACUGAGGUUUUCAGCACGAGUGAAACUGGUGAACAAGAGCAUGAUUCAGCAUCGUCAACAAGGCUAAUCUUUUACGGCCCCUGGUUUGGUUUUAACUGAUAACCCAGCUAGGGUGAGCCGUCUCUCAUACAUGCCCCACGUGUUUCUCAGUCCACUCCCUGGCUCCUUCCAAGCCCAGGUGACCCUGAUGUGAUAAGAUAAAUCUUCCCUCUCCCUUAUUUAUUUGAACUUACCUUUUGAUACUCAACCUGUGGAGGUAUAGGGUCUGUUUAAAAGGACAGAGGUGAUUGGAAAACAGUGAAGCCCGAGUAUUUUCUUUCUUACAAGUUAUGGCAUCUGGCAUUUUACAGACCUCAUUGGCUGAAGUGUGGAUGUCUCAGAUACUGCAUGGAUGUGGGGAGGGAUCUCUGGACCGGCUUCUUCCCUCUGUAAGUACGGGCCUUUCUCCCAGGAAGAGGACCACCAGCCAGUGUAAGUCUGAGCCUCCUUUGCUCCGCACCUCCAAGCGAACCAUCUACACUGCUGGUCGCCCGCCCUGGUACAACGAACACGGGACACAGUCCAAAGAUGCAUUCGUCAUUGGAUUGUGUGGUGGCAGCGCCUCUGGAAAAACAACUGUAGCCAGGAAAAUCAUUGAAGCUUUAGAUGUGCCAUGGGUUGUACUACUCUCGAUGGACUCUUUUUACAAGGUCCUGUCCUCUGAAGAGCAGAAGUUGGCUGCCAGCAACGACUACAACUUCGACCACCCCGAUGCAUUUGACUUUGAUUUGCUGGCACACACCCUGCGCAAACUCAAACAGGGGAAGAGUGUAAAAAUCCCUGUGUACGACUUUACGACGCAUGGGAGACAAAAGGAGUGGAAAACUGUAUAUGGGGCCAGUGUCAUCAUCUUUGAAGGGAUCAUGUCCUUUGCAGACAAAAAAGUCCUGCAGUUGCUCGACAUGAAGAUCUUUGUGGAAACGGACUCUGACAUCCGUUUGGUGCGUCGAUUGAGGAGGGACAUUACGGAAAGAGGCCGUGAUAUUGAGGGUGUCAUCAAACAGUACAACAAGUUUGUCAAGCCCGCUUUUGAGCAGUACAUCGAACCUACCAUGCGCCUCGCUGAUAUCGUGGUGCCACGUGGUGGUGGUAACAUGGUCGCCAUCGAUUUGAUUGUGCAGCAUGUUCACAGUCAGCUGGAGGAGAGGAAACUUCGUUGGGAUAUGGCAGCCCUGGCUUCUGCACACCAGGCCCAACCCCUCCCCCAAACCCUCAGCGUCCUGGAGAGCACCCCCCAAGUCAGAGGCAUGCACACCAUCAUCAGAAACAAGGAAACCAGCCGCGAUGAGUUCAUCUUUUACUCCAAGAGGUUAAUGCGUCUGUUGAUCGAGCGAGCACUCUCCUUCCUCCCCUCGCAGGUUCACAUCGUCCAGACCCCCCAGGGAGAAGAUUAUGAAGGCAGGACCUUCCACGGGAAGAGGAUCACGGGCGUGUCCAUCCUGCGAGCGGGGGAGACCAUGGAGCCGGCUCUGAGGGCCGUCUGUAAAGAUGUACGCAUUGGCAAGAUCCUCAUCCAGACCAACCAGGACACAGGAGAACCAGAGCUUCAUUAUCUUCGUCUACCUAAAGACAUAAGUGAAGAUCAUGUGAUUCUGAUGGACUGCACCGUGUCCACCGGAGCCGCUGCCAUGAUGGCCGUGCGGGUUCUGCUGGAUCACGACGUUCAAGAGGACAAGAUCCUGCUGGUUUCUCUUCUCAUGGCUGAAAUGGGAGUCCACUCGGUCGCCUACGCAUUCCCACAGGUCAAAAUCAUCACCACAGCGGUGGACAAGAAGGUCAACGAUCUCUUCCACAUCAUACCUGGCAUAGGGAACUUUGGGGAUCGGUACUUUGGAACAGAUGCACCUCCCGACUGGAGCGACGAGGAGAUGGACGAGCCCAGUUACUGACUGCUGUACUAGAUGUACUAGAGAGAUCAUAGAACUGUCCGGUCCAAACGUGCCUGAUCUGAGGACAUCCACUGUUUCUGCGUGGCCACAAUGUGACUGACCUACAAGUCAACUGACAACAGGAUAUUGCUCAAACAGUUUCAAAUUUAAAUUAUUAUUAUUGUUGUUCAAUUAUGUGUGAAUGCUGUUAAAGAAUGUUAAUAUUUUAAAAAUAUUACAUUGUUUUAUUUGUUUUUUGUACAGUAUGUUAUAAAUGUGUACUAUUUUUAUUUUUUGUAAUGCUUAAAUCUGUUUGGGAAUUUGUAGACAUAUUUUAAAAACACGACUUAUCCGGCCUUUAGUCAUGUACUGUGGACGACGGCUGAAUGUGAAUUUUGCACGUGACGUGAAGGAGAAGGAGAAGCAGUCGCGCUUUUAAGGUUAUUCUAUUUUUUUCUUUACCACAUGCCUCUUUCUUCACCACUUUCAAAAAAGUAAAACUGGAACGUGAACUCGUGUCGCUCAACUUCCAUCGCCAUGAGGCUUUCUGAAGGACCGUUCAGUCGGAAAAUGUGUAGGCGUAUCUCUUUUUUUUUUAUAUAGCUCUUGCUUUCACCUUUUUUCUUCACUGCGGAUGCUGACCUAACCAUCUGAACAUGGUGUUGAAACCAUAUUUUCAUCAUGCAGCGUUGAGUAUGUACUUGUGGUGUACGUCUGUGUGGAUUGUCCUUCAUUUACAUGCCAUUUACAUAUUUUUUUUUUGUUUUGCUACGGAUGUAACUGACCAGUCACCAGGCACGUUGUCCUUUAUUUAUUUUUGUUCUUCUUUCAGCAAAAAGGACCAUCUGCAUUAGGUUAACACAAACUGGUUAUCUCAGUGCACAUAUCUUAUUUAUGCCUCCUUUUCACACAGUGGGGGGGGUCUUUACAAAGGGCUGUCGAGUGGUGGACUGGCAGAAGGCAUCCAGAUAGUGCCUGAUAUUUUCACCUGGUAGCUUUAUUAAACUACGUAGGAUCUAUCUGUUUGUGUUGGUGGUUUAUUCAUAUGUCCAUGGCCAAAUUAUUGAUAAAUGUCCGCAGUUUGAGAGACACGGAGUUGCACUUCACAGUAUUCAGUGGAUCAUGUAUUUGAGCCGACGCAAUGAGACAUAAAGUUCAUUUUUAAAAACA